CAACACAGCAAUGGUAUUGCACAAACAAUCGUCGUUGGUAUAGUGGUAUUUACGUCGCAGCGGCCAAAGUAUGUGAAUGUGUUUAUAAUAAUUAUAGUAUUGUAUGUUGAGACGUUGACGAUUAUUGAAAAAUAUUAACGAAAUUAUCGCUAUUGUUGAAUGUGUUGUGUUGGGUGUCUCUUGUAUAUCGCGUCGUAUCGUGUUGAAAUGUCCGAAAAAACGAAAUUUAUCACGAAUAUUUAUUUAUAAUUGUCGGCGACGCGUAGUAAGUGUUUAGAACCUAGAAUACUUGCCGCACACUCCGUUUGAAUGUGAUUUCAGAAUUGGUGUUCAAAUAAACGCCUACCUUUCGCUCUCAAUAUUUUCACUUCACCAGAUGAAUUUUUUUUUUAACGGGAUCGAACGUGAGCAUAUUUCUAUCUUCAGCCAGAAAAAAAGCACUGUGAAUGUUUUAUUAGUAGACCAUAUAAUACGAUAUACCUUGGCGCAUAGCAUUUAAAUUGUAAUAAAACAAAAGACGUCGAGAGUAAUUUGUGUUUAGUGCGGUGCUAUUGUUUUGUAAAACAGUAAACAUUACGCUGUUCAGUGGACUGUAGCAAAUUGAAGAGAAAACCAUUGAGAGAAAUACAAUCUAAGAAAGGGAAACAAAUUAGCUAAAAAGAAAAACUAGUUCAAGUUUUAUCCAUUAUUUUCAGACACACAGACGACACAGUGAAUAAUUAAAAUUGAUAUUUUAAUUGUUAUAAAUGUCAACAACGACAACAGCAAAAAUGUCAUCAACAACACCAACAUCGACAACAACACCGCAACUUAGAACAACAACCACCGAACAAACCGGAAUUCAUUAUAGCACCAUCUAUUUGCAUACAGUUCCUGGUACUUUGAAAAUUGUCUGCUUGAUUUGUGUGUUGAUUGGUUUCAUAUUGGUACAAUGCAGCCAACACAGCUAUGGCGGCAUCCCUCGAUUCUACUGUACAAUUGCAAUGAUUGCGUUUUGGAUGACCGCCAUUUUACUCGCUUUGUAUCUAUUUCAUGCAAUUUAUGUAUUCCAUAAAAUUCCAUGGAUCAAAAUUGAAUUCUUCUUUUGUGCGGGCGCUGCAGCGUGUCUGUUGCUUGCAUCAGCCUUGAUUGGAGCCCAAAAUGUUGGACUCUUUACAGCGGCAGCCUUCUUCGGCUUUGUGGCAAUGUGCGCAUAUGCAUAUGAUGCAUUUUUGAAGUAUCGUCAAUACAAUGUAGUUGUAACGAAUGUUGUAACCAGAACAACAACAGUAACUGUAGCUUAGGCGAUAAGGCGACUGUACAAUUUGCAUGGCCGUUGAACUAGCGCCAAUUCAUACCAAAAACGAAUCUUAUGAAAUUCAUCGAAUUUCACACUCAAAUCAAUUCUCUUUUUUCUUUUACUGUAUUUCAUGUGUAAUUUUAAGAAAUUGUUUAAAUGAGUGCAUUCAAGACGGCAAUUUAUUUUCGCAUUUAAUGUUGUCACAUCAUAUUUCAAUAGAUUUUUUUUAUUAUCACACCCCA